CACACAGACACACACACACACACACACACACACACACACACUUUUCUUAAGGGAAAAAUCACUCUGUGUUCUUUUAAAAUCCCUCAGGUUUUAUGUUUUAUUGCUACCAGAGUCUGCCUCCCUGAGGUUCUUGUACAGACUAGUUAUUUCCCUCUGUAAAGAAGCUGUUCAGUUCAUUCUCGCCUGGUUUGGAACAAACUGAACACUUCCAAAGGAGGCAGUUCUUGCAGCCUCGUCUCCUUCCACUCCCCUCCUCCCCACAGUCCUGGCUGGAGCAGCGAGUCUGUCGAUCCCAGGCCAGAGACAAGGCAGACAAAGGUUCAUUUGUAAAGAAGCUCCUUCCAGCACCUCCUCUCUUCUCCUUUUGCCCAAACUCACCCAGUGAGUGUGAGCAUUUAAGAAGCAUCCUCUGCCAAGAAGACCAAAAGGAAAGAAGAAAAAGGGCCAAAAGCCAAAAUGAAAUUGAUGGUACUUGUUUUCACCAUUGGGCUAACUUUGCUGCUAGGAGUUCAAGCCAUGCCUGCAAAUCGCCUCUCUUGCUACAGAAAGAUACUAAAAGAUCACAACUGUCACAACCUUCCGGAAGGAGUAGCUGAUCUGACACAGAUUGAUGUCAAUGUCCAGGAUCAUUUCUGGGAUGGGAAGGGAUGUGAGAUGAUCUGUUACUGCAACUUCAGCGAAUUGCUCUGCUGCCCAAAAGACGUCUUCUUUGGACCAAAGAUCUCUUUCGUGAUUCCUUGCAACAAUCAAUGAGAAUCUUCAUGUAUUCUGGAGAACACCAUUCCUGAUUUCCCACAAACUGCACUACAUCAGUAUAACUGCAUUUCUAGUUUCUAUAUAGUGCAAUAGAGCAUAGAUUCUAUAAAUUCUUACUUGUCUAAGACAAGUAAAUCUGUGUUAAACAAGUAGUAAUAAAAGUUAAUUCAAUCUAAUUUUUCUCUGUGGACAUUGUUGGCAUUGGUUAAAAAUUUUGCCUAGAAAAUGUAAUCUAUGAGGUGUUCAUUAUACUCAGUUAAAGAGUUCUGUCCCCCAGAUGAAGAGCCAUAGGCAUGGCUCAAGGAUUGAAAAUACUUUCAGUCCUUAGUUGACAGUUAUUAACCAUAUAUUGAAAGAACCAGGUAUAAGCUGAGAUUCUUGGAAGGGAGCUAGAAAUUUUCUAGUAAGAAGGAAAAAGGGACCAGCCUGGGCAACAUAGUGAGACCCCCUCUUUACAAAAAAAU